UCAGUUAUACGUAGUAGUAAUGAAAAACAGAAACGCGCAUUUAUUUAGUAUAAAAUACUCACAGGAUGAAUUAAAUGAUAAGGAGCCAAGAAGACAAAUGGACAUAAUGCAGAGGAAAUAAAACAUCACACCUUUAACAGAAGUUGAAAAAAACAUUCGAUGCAUAGCAGACAAAUAGCAUCUACAAGUGGAUAACCUGUUGAUAUUCCAACAUGUCGGAGCCUCUAUGUUGCAAUACCCACGGGGAGUUAGUGACAGCAUUAUGUGUAACACAUAAAGAUUUUUUAUGCACACAGUGCCUUAUUGGUAAUGAUCACAAUACUUGUGAGAGGAAAGUAUUGGCAAAAUUAAACACAGAGAAAGACAAAUGUUUCAUCAAGUGCAUUACUGUACGUAAUCAAAUUUCAUGUCAGGAAAACGAAGUCAGGAAGCGCAUGGAAAGAGUACAUUCAGCUAAGGAAAGAUUGGAAUCGGAGAUAGACACUACAUUUGACCGCCUGAAGGAAAAACUAGAAGAGGCGCGACGAAACACUCUUCAAGAUUUAGCUGAUGCUGCAAGUAAAAUGAACAAUAAUUACAAACAAAGAACAGAAAAAAUCGAAGGCUUCCGUGAAAGUGUAAAAGCUAUGUUUAAUUUUGUCGACGAAGGAAAGAUUGAAGGAUUGAAAACGCGGCUGGAGAAUACUGAACUGGAAUUGUUAAGCACAUGCGCAGUUCCUUCUGAUAUGAAAGCAAAAUAUUCGUUUGACAGCAGAGCAUUACAAUUUCUGAACGGCAAAGACAGCUGUGGUGAGCUAUGGUUUGAAGAAUACGAUCGUUACGAGUCAAUUAAUGGCGAAAACAAGAACACCGAACAUUACGAGUCUGAAGAUUUCUACACGUACAAAGAAGCAAAAACAAAAAGAGAUAUAUCCACAACAGAUGGACAAGACAGCCCAACUUCCAAGAGCGAAACACCUAUUCCUGAGGUGGCCGAACUUACAAAAAAGAAGAAUCACAGUUACACUCUGUCUGAGCAUUCUGAUAUUCAAAAAACACCUGAAUUCGUUGAAAUAACUUUAACAUCACAUGGCCUCGUAUUGUCAGAUUCUGUUAAUGGCGUUCUUGUUCUUUCUGACAAUACGGACGGGAAAAUUAGGAAUGUCGUGAAAUUGCCUUUUACGCUUGAAUGUAUGACCGGUGUUUCAACAGAUAAAAUUGCUGUUCUGGGAAAAACUGAAACUGAGACAUGUAUUCGAGUUUAUAAAUCUAGCUUAAAGGGAUUGAAAGAGAAAUCGAACGAAUCCUUCAAAAUCGCCGAAGGAUCAAAAUGCAUUGGAUUUGAUUUUGACAAUAAAAAAAAGUUGUUUGUUGUCAAUUUCGUUGACAAGUUAUUGUUCUUCAAACAGAAUGGCAAAUUAAAUAAUACAUCGGCACUCGACAAUCCCUUUAAAAUGAGCGACAUGAAAUCCGUCUAUGACUCCGAAGGCAAUCGCGUGUACACUGUGUGUCCUUCAGAGAAAGCUUGGAUGUGCUAUUCACUUCAGGAAAACAAGCGUCUUUGGAUAAGGGCAGAGAAAGGAGAACGUUCAGACUUUUCACCAAGCAAUCUAGCACUACAUGGAAACAAGCUGUAUAUUGUAAGUGGACGAGCACUGUUAUCAUUAUCGAUGGACACUGGCGAAUCUACUUCAGAUAAAGAAAUUGAAAGAAAAUCUUUGUCGAUUUUAGCCUGCUACAUAACUGACACAAACCAGGCUAUUGUGACGACAAGGUCAUCUGAAAAGACAGAAGCACUUACUGUGACCUUCAUACAGUUAGACUAAAUAGGUGGCUGGACAUAGAUUUAACAAACUCCACUUUGUAAGUGACUAGACGAGGAUUUGACAGUGAUCAUUUUAUAACAGACUUGGCGUGGAUUAACACGUUCGAAUUGAUAAGUGAUAAGACGCCGAUUCAAAAAUGUCAACCUCAUAUGUUUUCGACUACAAUGUUUUCGGCGUCUCCCUGUAGUUUUCAUUGUGUUGUUCAUUAAUAUUUGACGUGUAUUUAACAAUGGCAACUUGAUAGGUUAUUAGAUAUUAUUGAUUUAUUAUUAUGAAUGAAAUGGAUACUUGACGACAUUACACAUUCGGAUUUCGUGCUAGGCAACUCGUGCAUACAGUUCCAUAUAAAUGCAAUAACAUAUUGCUUUAAAUAUACUACGAGCACGAUCAUCACGAAAAUCUAUUCUGCUAAAGGUAUGUUUCCUAUUGAUUUUUCGCAUACAAAUUAAAAUCAACAAUGACCACAUGAUAAAAUUAAUGCAAUUUAAAACCGAUCGUAUCAGCAAGCAUAAAGUACAGCAUUAUUGCUCAUAAAUAUUUCGAGAAAAGUUAUUUGACUGGAAAUGACUAUUUUAUUUGGUCACAGCUAAUGCAUUAUAUAAUGAAUCACAACUAGUGGUGAUGUAGAAAAAGUAACCUAUUUCAAUUACGUUUGAGUGGUACACACGUCUGCUGGUUUCUUUUGCUCAAGCAGGUAAAACUUCAGCUUGUAAGGUUAUUUAAUCAAUGAAUUGUUUAGUAUCUGUUAUUCAAUAUUUUAUUAUUCAGCAUAAUAUCAUGUUAAUGUUUUUAAUGCAUAGUUUGUAUCUAUACUUAAUAAUACAGUUUGCAGAUUUGGAAAGUAAAAGUGCUUAAAAAGAUUGCAUGUUUGGUUUCUACUGUUUAUUGGAUGACAUGUGCUGAUUAUUAAAAUUGUUUACAAAUACAACAAUAUGGCUAUCAUUUGAAAAUAAUUAAUAAAUAACAACUUAAUUCUGCUGUUGAAAUAUGGCUCCAACAGUUGAGUUUUCAGGUUUUCACUACAUGCGGUUAUUCUCACAUUCAAAGAAUAUGUCCACCUUUGUAUCUUUAUCCAGUUUCAUAUGUAAACUGGACUUUUACUAUCUUUUCUGUUUCAGAAAUUAGUAAUUUCUUUAAAGUCAACUGAAAAACAGCAGUGUUCAAUUGGGUUGAAUUUUGUUGAACUAUUUAACCGUUUUAUUUGAUGAAAACCAUCCUCGGAUACCAGCGAUACACGAAUACACGUUAAUUCAAUAUAAUUGACCUGAAUAAAGAGACGGGGAACCGACGGAACACGAACAAGGGUCGUAUACGUUUUGACUCUUUAUGUGUAUUGAUGUAUUAAGGUAUUCAUUACAAAUAAAUUGUGUAUGCGCAUGAUCAUGUAUUUGGCAUUUGUAAAUUGAAUUUUCAUUAUCUAACUAAUUAUUAAAUAUAUCGUGUUUUUCAUCAAAUUGUAUACUUAAAAUCUGUCAAUAUUGUGUGUUAGGAAUUACUAAUAUUUCUUAUAUGCUGUGUGUAACUUAUCAGCUUCGAACUGACUUUUUUACUUUGCAAAACCUUUAUAUGUGAAAUUCUGCACUUAUUGACGAUAAUAUAAUUAUGAUCAUUGCCUAAUCAGAAUUAAA